AUGGAUUCUCGUCUGACGCCCCUCCACCAAGAACUCCAUAAUGUGCAGAUGGAAGUGAAGCAAGUCCAGUUCAUCCAAAACAAUCAUGCCGAUAGGUUGAUGAGGCUCGAGAGACGCCAGACAGAGGAUGCCGUCAAGUCGGUGUGGAAUCCCUCCCCCUUCCCUAGUGUCCUGGGAGGGACACCCCAGCACGGUCCUGUGCAGAUGCCCAACAACGAGGUCUUCGAUGACUUCGACGAUGAGCAGGGCCAGAAUCUCUUAGGCUCGCUUCACCUGGACGCCGACGAGGAGCCCACCCGUCGAGGGGCGGCGUCAAGGGCAAAUAGUGUCCGCUUCGACGAGGCUACUCUUCACGCGUCGAACUGGGGUCAAAGUGCGCGUCAUUCCGGCGAAUUCGGCCCUGUCAGGCCUGGAAGUGGCCUGGGAGGUCCCACCUUGAUGGAGCGCUCGUUCUCGCACAAAUCUGACGGCCGACAUAGCUCUGCAGGCCAUUCGGUCCAUUCCUUCCACUCGGUGGCAUCCGGCCGGACCAGUAGCCUCGGUCUUGACCUGCUACUGGGCAGCAGCAGGGAUGAUGAUGACGACGACUCAUCGCCGAUAGAGAUCACCCUACGCGCACAUGACACGCUCCUCUACGCGGUUGUUUGCACUGGUUCUCAGAAAUCGACCCUCGACUACUCGCUUCUGAAGGAGUUGAACCUUGUGGACGAAGCUCAUAGAAACAUCAAUGGGGUUUUGCAUGCUAGUCUUCCCGUCUACUUUGCUGAAGCCACCGUGGCUCAAUCAAGUUCUCGGUCCUCUAGUCCGUCUCGUCGACAGGUGCCUUACAUCAAUGUCGACUUCGAGAUCACCGGAACGGAAAACGCCGAGGUGGGGGAUCACAAGCAAGCGAUCCGCAUUUUCGUGGGCAGCGACACUCUUACCUCGAACAGUGCCGACCUGCUCUUGUCUCAGAAUCGGAUGACGCUGUUUGGCAACGGUGAUGAUCGUGACAGACUCUCGGUGCCCUUUGUCCGCCCCGAAGAUGAGUCUGCUUAUAGGCACAUCACCACGCUCAAUGUCGUUCCGGAGAAGCCCAAGCUCAAUGCCAGCGCGCCGGCGUUCGUGUCUGGUGACCCCCGGCCCCAGACGGCGGCGGUCCCUGACCAGGCGGAGACGUCUGUCUCUCAUACUGAUGCAGGAGAGUCUGAGCUGCCGAGUCCUUUCUCUUCGACCACAAACCAACCGGCGUACUCAUCGAAGACCACAGCCACGAGUGCUCCAUCUGAUAGCGGCAGCGAGCGACAACAGAGGGAUACCGCUCCCAGUGUCGAGGAAAGCAUUGGCAAGGAAAAUGCUGCAAACUCGGACGGAGGAGGGCGGCGAGACUCUACGGCUGGCAUCUGGGGAUCAUGGCGACAGGGCGGCUCAGCCAGUGGUGGCGAAGCUUCUCAGCGCGAGAACGGACUGAGUGGGUACCAGCCAGCGGGCAGGGGCGGACGCAACAUGAAGAUCUUGAAGCCUCAGAAAUCGGUCUCGAUAUCUUCCUCGGCGGCCCGCAACGGUACGAGUUUCGACACUCCGGGCACGUCCCGGUCAAGCGGCGAGUUCAGCCGGCGCAAGAGCCAGGGCGCCGCCUCCUCUAUGUUCGACCCAAACGGCAGCUCCUCCCCGGCCCCGGCACCCACGGUGCGCUGGGACACGGUCAGGCGUAGUGUCAGUGCCGCCACUCCCAGCGCGAUGUCCUCCAACAGCGGCGGGGCCCCGCCGACCCCAACGUCCACGUCCACAUCCGCCACCACGGACAACAAACCCAAGGCUCCUGCGACACGCGCGAACCCCGUCGGCGGCGCUUCGGCCUUUUCGUGGAUGGCGGGCGGCGGCAGCAAGCCCAUGGAGAAGCCCAAGACCCCUGCGACGCCUGUAUGA